AGUUUCUGACGGAGAUGGAGGAGAAGAGUACCGACGUCGUCAUUGUCGGCGCCGGAGUUGCCGGUGCUGCUCUUGCUUACACUCUUGCCAAGGAAGGACGGCGUGUGCAUGUCAUUGAAAGAGAUUUGAGUGAGCCAGACAGAAUUGUUGGUGAGCUUUUGCAGCCUGGGGGUUAUCUUAAAUUGAUUGAGUUGGGUCUUCAGGACUGUGCAAACGAGUCAAUUGAUGCUCAGAAGGUCUUUGGUUAUGCUCUUUACAAAGAUGGCAAGGAUACAAAGCUGUCUUAUCCUUUGGAGCAGUAUAAUUCAGAUGUUGCGGGGAGAAGUUUCCACAAUGGGCGUUUUAUUCAAAAAAUGCGUGAAAAAGCUGUCACUCUUUCAAAUGUCAAAUUGGAACAAGGAUCAGUGACAACACUAAUCGAGGAAAAGGGCAUUGUUAAAGGGGUGAUGUACAAGAACAAGGCUGGAGAGGAGAUGAGAGCAUAUGCUCCACUGACAAUUGUGUGUGAUGGCUGCUUUUCAAAUCUGCGAAAAUCUCUCAGUGCUCCACAGGUUGAAAGUCCCUCUUGUUUUGUUGGUUUGGUUUUAGAGAACUGUGAGCUUCCACACGCAAAUCAUGGACAUGUGAUUUUGGGAGACCCUUCACCCAUCCUGUUUUAUCCUAUUAGUUCCACUGAGGUUCGUUGCUUGGUCGAUGUACCUGGAACAAAAGUACCCUCAGUAGCUAAUGGUGAAAUGGCCAAGUAUUUGAAGACUGUGGUGGCUCCUCAGAUUCCCCCUCAGCUCCUCAAUGCUUUUAUGGCUGCCAUAGACAAGGGAAACAUUAGGUCCAUGCAAAACAGAAGCAUGGCUGCUAAUCCGGUUCCCACUCCUGGUGCACUUUUGUUAGGCGAUUCAUUCAACAUGAGGCAUCCUUUAACAGGAGGAGGAAUGACUGUGGCUCUUUCAGACAUUGUUCUUCUCCGUGAUCUUCUUAGACCCCUACGUGAUCUUAAUGAUGCACCUGCUUUGUGCAAUUACCUUGAAUCAUUUUAUACAUUGCGUAAGCCUGUGUCAUCUACUAUAAACACAUUGGCAGGUGCUUUGUAUAAGGUGUUUUUAGCAUCACCUGAUCCAGCGAGACAGGAAAUGCGUGAAGCAUGUUUUGGCUAUUUGAGCCUUGGAGGAAUCUGUUCAUAUGGACCAGUAUCACUGCUCUCUGGCCUUAAUCCCCGUCCACUGCACUUGUUCCUCCAUUUCUUUGCUGUUGCUAUCUACGGUGUUGGACGCUUAAUGUUUCCAUUCCCUUCACCACAGCGCAUGUGGCUUGGGUUUAGAUUAAUCAUGAGUGCAUCAGGCAUCAUAUUCCCCAUUAUUAAGGGCGAAGGAGUUAGACAGAUGUUCUUUCCAGCAACAGUGCCAGCAUAUUAUAGAUCAGCACCAGUUCAUUGAAGAAACAAGUUCAUUGAAGAAACAAGACGACAGUAUCGGGACACAGCAAUUUAGUACCCAUGAUAUACCAAUUUGUAUCAGUAUCAGCAGUCUUAGUCCCCCUUACAGAAUUAGAGUUCAACCCCGGGGAGAAUGAUAAAUUUAGGAGAUAGCAAAUCCUGUUCUUAAUUCUUUUAGAGAUGUUGUUCUGCAAUAGGAACCAGCUACAUAUCCCACUUAAUUUUUAGGCUUGUACAAAGCUAUAGCGAUGAUAAAUAAUUCAGUCUUUUGGCC